CGCAUACGUGAUUAUCCAUUCGCAUACGUCGAUUAACGGACAGUCUAUCCGGUUUGCAUCCUAGGUUAACGAUACAUAAAUUGGAGAUUUCCAAAUUCCCUGUUGUUUUGAACGCGUAACUUUACUCAACAUAAAGGCAAUGCUUCUUGACUUAUACAUUUAUUUUGUAUUUUUCUUCUAGGUAAAUUGUCGCACGUAUUGACAAAAACACUCACUUGCCAAAGUAGAUUCACAUGCAGGACGUCGUAUGUUUUCUACUGCCGCGUUCACGUGCUAGUCUGAAUUAAGAAACGUCAUUUUCUGACUUGCUACCUGGUUGUAAAUCAGAAAAAGCGGCACAUGUGUACAUACAAACAGUUGGCAGGAAGCAGUUGUUAUUCCACUAAAGUCUGAUCUGCACAACACGAAGCAGUGGUCGUUUAAAAUAUUGUUUCCAGUUGUCUUGAAGUACUCAAGUGGUUUCAGAGUUCAGUUAUUUUGAACACCGCAGAAUGCCCAAGAAGCUCCGGUUAGACGGCGCUACACGCGUUAUAGUGUCAAAAUACUUUACUUAUUCAACAAAUAUGGAGUUUCGCCGAACAACUAUCUUAAUUUACUCUCGUUAUGUACUUCCAAAAACAUUUACAGCCCUUUUUUGCACUUCCAAUGUAUUGAGCUCUUAUAGACUUCCGACCUGUGCGUGUCAGUAAUCAAUGGUAAAUUAGAGGUGACGAAUAGGCUUUUUUUCCUGUAAGUACAUACCGGUCGUAACGGGAGUAAAUCAAGAUCUAGUUCAGCGAAACUCCAGAUGUUUGUGAAUAAACAAAUGCAUUUUUACAUUAUAAGGCUUGCAGAGCUAUCUAACGGAGUCCGAGCUUCCUGGGCAUUACAGUGAUACACAUGGUGUAAUGGUACACACGUCCAGGGAAACACAUGGUGUAAUGGUACACACGUCCAGGGAAACACAUGGUGUAAUGGUAUAUUUAUGUUCUAUAUGUGACAUUGAUAACUUGAUAAUGCACAUCUACAAUACUCUUCCUAUUCUCCCUAAAUAUAAUUUAAACUCCAAAGAUGAGGCUCUUUUUAUUUUAUUUUUAACAAAUGUUCCCCCUGCGCAGCUGAUCUGCUUUUCCACUGCCACCAUGGCCCAAAAGCUGGUAAUAAUCGACACAGAUGCAGGUAUAGAUGACGCCCAGGCGAUAAUGAUGGCCGUGGCCGCUCCAAGCCUGCAGAUCCUGGGGAUAACAUGCUGCUUCGGGAAUACUGAUGUGGACAACGUCUGUCAGAAUGUGCUGCUGGUGCUGUCUGUCUGUGAACACACACAGAUUCCAGUGUUCCAGGGUGCUGCUGGUCCCCUGGUGGGGGCCACCAAGGCUUUCAGCGACCACUUUGGGACUGACGGGCUGGGAGAUGUGCUGGAGGACAGAGACCCACAGUGGAAGGAGAAGCUCCAGAGAGAACAUGCUGUUAAUGCCAUGAUCAGACUGGUAGCUACCAACCCUAAACAGGUGUCCUUGGUGGCUCUUGGGCCGCUCACCAACCUGGCUCUAGCCAUCAGACUGGACCCUUCUUUCCAACAGAACCUGAAGGAGCUCGUCAUUAUGGGAGGCAACAUGGAGGGUAAAGGGAAUGUAUCUUUAUGUGGAGAGUUUAACUUUGUGAUGGAUCCUGAAUCUGCCUUCAUUGUCCUGGAGGAGUACCUCUGUCCUACACGCAUAGCAUCAUGGGAGUAUUGCUGUAGGAAUAAACUGGAAUGGGAGUUCUUUGAAAAACUGAUUAACGAGGACACGCCUGCUGGUCGCUUCAUGAAGAUGAUCACGUCUAAGUGUUGGGGUUAUUCCAAGGAGGCCAUGCUGAGUAAGAGGGAUGUGUACUUCGGACCUGGCUUUGUCUCCUACGAUGCUUAUGCAGUGGCAGCGUGUAUAGACAGCUCUGUGGUGACAGAGAGUAUAGAGUGUGCCGUCAGGGUGGAACUACAGGGGGAGCUAUGCAGAGGGAUGAUGGUUCUGGAUCAGAGGAACAAACUGAACAAAAGCCACCGUGUUUCUGUCAUGAAGACCUGUGAUCUGACCAAGUUCAGGCAGUUACUCAUGGCUUCCCUUAAACAACCCUGUAGGAAGUAGGCUACGAGACAGACCAACCUGAUGUCGGCCAUGCGUUGUAGAUCACCUGCUGGCUGAUGACGAAAGGUGGAGCUAUAGCUGCAAGCAGCAAUGAUCGGGGUUCACAGAAAGGAGACUAGAACAGUUAGUGCUUGCUUUUUUAUCUAUCUGCCAAAAAUAAUGGAAGCAUGAAUGAGGGAUACAAAGUAUAAUGAAAGCAGGUGCGGUUCCUGAGUUAAUUAUCGUCCCAUUCUUCAAUGGGUUUUGAGAAGGAGAGGAUGCAAUUGAGAUUCUCUAGGUCAAAUGGGAUGGCGGAUAUGAGGGUUUAAGUGAGACUGCGCAUAACAGCGCCACCCACCGGCCAAUCCGUGCCACUUCUUUUGACAGUUUCUGUAAGUUACCAAUCUAUGCAGGAGCUGUUUGACAGUGUGAAGAAAAAAAAUUAAACCAGAUAACAUGCUUCAAUGUAAACCCAUUAUGACAGCUUAUGUUGUGGGGUCACAGACGAUAAGACGGCAAUCCCACAGCCAAAGUUUGUGUUGGUCCAUCUUGUCUGUAAGUAUCUUCUCACAGCCUCUAGGGUGGAGUGGCCCGGAGUCUGAGAGAGACUUACACAUACAGGUAUAAGACAUUAACUAACUACCAGACAACACACCAAACACUCAGGUUCUUAUUUUCACAUCUGAUUUGUACCGUUUAAUCAAAUAAAAUGCAUUUUAAUGA